AUGGCUUCUAAAGUAUGGUUUUUCACUUUGGUCGUACUAACAUUCGUCGUUUUGUCGAGUGGUCGUGGUGGAAAACGAAUCAAAGUGUGUGGAGACCAGCUAGGUAGAGCUUUGCAACUUGUUUGCGAUUCGAAGUACUACGGAAAACGAGCACUCGAAAACGAAUUAAAAGAUUUCCUGAUUAUCUACGACGACUCAAACGGCGAUGAACGGGAUAAUUUUCCUUUUUAUAACCCGAAUGGAAAAUAUAAAACGUUAUUCAACAGAGAGUUAUCUACAAGAGGUGUUGUUGAGGAAUGUUGUCAUAAUGCUUGUACUUUUGAUAUGCUGAGUUUGUAUUGCGAACGAUAA